GUCGAGAACUUCUUGAUUGUUUUAAGAGGUUUCAGUUGAAUAAAUCAGAUCUAUCUCCAUUUUCUAGACGACCCAAUUGGAUUUCUAGCUUAAUUUCCUUCCUGUCUUCUGCCACGCGUAAAUUGACUCUAUAGAUAGCGGAAGCAUCGCUAAAGAUGGAGGAGGAGAGAGUACUGGUUGCAGUGAGGGAGUAUGAGGAGAAGAGAGACAGGGUGGCGGUAGAAGAGAUGGAGAGGCGGUGCGAGCUGGGGCCAGGAGGCAAGCCCUCGCUCUUCACCGACGACAUGGGCGACCCUAUCUGCCGCAUCCGCCACUCUCCGGCUUAUCUCAUGCUGGUUGCAGAGUUUGGGAAAGCAAGAGAGAUUGUUGGGGUUAUAAGAGGUUGUAUAAAGACUGUGACGAGAGGGAAGAAAGCCAUGAGCGACUGUAGUAUCUACGUGAAGGUUGCUUAUAUUCUUGGGCUUCGAGUAUUGCCCACUCACAGGCGGUUAGGCAUCGGGACCAAGCUAGUGGAGAAGCUGGAGGAGUGGUGUAAGCAGAAGGGUGCGGAGUACGCAUACAUGGCCACGGACUGCACCAACGAGGCUUCCAUCAACCUCUUCACUCUAAAAUGCGCUUACAUGAUGUUCCGCACCCCUACCGUCUUGGUCCAACCGGUGCACGCGCAUUACAGGCCUUUGGGAUCCGGGGUAGCAGUGGUACAGCUCUCGCCACAUCUCGCCGAGUUAAUCUACCGCCGAGUCUUCGCCAACUCUGAGUUCUUUCCCAAGGACAUAGACGUAAUUUUGUCCAACAAACUCAACCUAGGCACCUUCAUGGCCCUACCCAAGAAGGCUCUUGCCAAGUGGGAUCCGAAGACUGGCCAUCUCCCGCCGUGUUAUGCUAUCAUGAGCGUGUGGAACACGAAAGAAGUGUUUAAGCUUCAAAUGAAGGGGGUGUCCAGGCUAACGUAUGCCUGCUGCGUAACGAGUCGGUUGCUGGACUCCUGGAUGCCUUGGCUACGAAUACCGUCCAUCCCGGACGUGUUUCGGCAGUUCGGAGUGUAUUUCCUGUACGGGCUGCACAUGGAGGGAAAGGGUGCAUCGCGGCUCAUGAAGGGUCUAUGCGCCUUCGCACAUAACAUGGGAAGGGAUGACUCCGGAUGUGGGGCCGUGGUUGCUGAGGUGGGACGGCGGGACCCAGUUAGAGAAGUAAUCCCACAUUGGAGAAGGUUUUCAUGGGCGGAGGACUUGUGGUGUAUAAAGAAACUAACGUCCGCGAAGCAGGAUAUCGAUGAGGAAAAUGGCGGCACGCUGGAUUGGAUUAGAUCUCGGCCGUCCACACCAGUCGUUUUCGUUGACCCUCGUGAAUUUUGACAUUUCGGGCCUUGUAUUGGUGCCAGCCUCACGCGAUCAAAAUGUCCAUUGAUUUUGUAGCAAAUUUUGAUCGUUGGAUUAAUUAAUGUAAUGAACU